AUGGCUGCCAAUCUCACUGCGCUCACCGACAUCAUCAACAAGAAUGUAACAAUCAUCCAACGCAGUGCUGAAAAGCAAGGACUGGCUUACCCUUCCCUCGACGACAUCUACGACGCAUCUCGUCCGAAUGAAGCACUGACCAUCGAUCCGGAAGUUUUGAGUGCCGCUCUACUCGCGGCUUCGGCAGCAUCGCAGCUGGUUGCAACGCUUAAGUUGCCGGGACUCGCGCUACUGGACCGUGCCAAUGCGUUCCAUAUCCCUUCAGCGCUUCGGCUUGCGUCUGAGUCAUGCGUCGUAGAGAUUCUGCGGGAAGCCGGACCAUCAGGCUUGGACGUUGCGGAUAUCGCUGCGAAGACCAACGUUAACUCCACCAUUCUCGCUCGUGCACUUCGACUCCUGGCGACGCAUUACGUGUUCAAAGAAGUUAAACCCAACGUGUUCGCGAACAAUCGUCUCAGUGCGUUGAUGGAUACAGGAAAGAAUACGGCAACCCUUCAAAGUCUCGUGGAGAAACGCAAUGAGAAAGUAUUGGGGCAUGGCAUCAGCAAUGUCCAGGGAGAGAAGUAUGUCGGAAGCAACGGAAUUCCUGCGCUAGUGGAACAAUGUACCGACGAAGUGUUCAAAUCGUCCUCAUAUAUCCCGGACGUCGUGCUGUCCAACGAUUUUUCAAAGACACCCUUCCAGCGGGCGUUGAAUUUCGACGGCACCAUGUGGGAAUUCUUCGAGAAGUAUCCGGGAUACUUGCAGCGCAUACAAAUGGCGAUGGUCGGGUUCAUCAGCACGCAACCUCAACAGAAGUUGUUCAAAGGUUUCGACUGGUCUCAGCUUCCGGCGAGUGCCGUCGUAGUGGAUGUUGGCGGAGGGAAUGGGUCGGAAUCGUUCGAAAUUGCGAAGAAAGCGCCUCACCUCAAAAUCAUCGUCCAAGACCGCGAGGAGACGAUCAAGCAAGUUACCACACCUACAUGGGAAGCGAACCCUGAACAGAAGGCCCUUCUAGACUCCGGACGCGUUUCUCUCCAUGCCCAAGACUUCUUCGAGAAGCAGCCUCCGGCCGUCGUUGGCAAUGCUUCCUUGUUUUUCUUGCGCUUCAUCACGCACGACUGGCCGACAGCCGAAUGCAUCAAGAUCUUAAAGCAACUCCAUGAUGCGGCUUCGUCCAAGACCAAACUUAUGCUCGUCGAUCAGCUGGUGCCGUACGCCUGCCCGACCCCGCCUUCGCUCGCAUUCGAGGGCUCCAAGUUGCUCGACGCCCCCGCGCCGCUCCUCGCCAAUCUGGGUGAAGCUAACUCCGACGUGUACACCACCGAUUUCACCAUGGCGGCGCUGCUCAACGCGCAGGAGCGCACCCUAGGCGAGUUCAAGGACAUCACCGAGGCCGCUGGGUGGAAAAUCGAGAAGGUGUACCAAACCGUCGGCAGCUCGCUCAGUCAGAUCCUGUGCAUUAAGGCGUGA